AUGGCAGUGCAGAACAGCAUGGUCCGGGUGUGGCCAGGAAGCCAGCUCACCACGUGGCAGCUGGGAAGCAAAGAGACACAGCCGAUAGGAUGUAGAAAAAGUGCUACGAGUUCGCAGAUCGAAAAGAAGGUGGGAGAGAUCCUGACAGACCACACUGGAUGCAGAACUGGAGACUCUACCAAGCCUGGUCCUCCUCGGAUGAACUGCACACCUUGCAGCUGCAGGAAGUCUGCCGCCAUAGCAACCAUGCACAGCGUGGAAGCCACCCGGGAGGACGCAGGCCCUGCCCUGCAGCACUUGCAGCAGCCUGCCGCUCUGCACUCGGUUUCGCGGAGACGGAUGGCUGAGAAGUUCUUGAAAGGGGAACCCAAAGUCCUCGGGGUCCUGCAGAUUCUGAUUGCUCUGAUGAACUUCAGCUUGGGAAUCAUCGCCAUGACCGUCCUGGUAGCUGCCCACAAUCAGCACCCCAUUAUGUUCAGCCUAGGGUACCCCAUCUGGGGUUCAGUGAUGUUUAUUAUUUCAGGAUCCUUGUCAAUAGCAGCAGGCGCUACAACUACAAAGGGGAUGAUCCAGAGCAGCGUAGGACUGAACAUCACCAGCGCCGUGCUGGCCGCUGUGGGCAUCCUACUUAUGGCAGUCAGCAUAGAUACUUUGCUAUUUGAGUGUUACGACUUUUUCCUCUUUCCACCAGAUUUUUGUCUCAUGCGCUUGACCAUUUUAGUGGGUCUGGAAAGUAUGGUGCUCAUUUUAAGUCUGCUGGAGCUCAGUGUUGCCAUGGCCCUCUCUGUCUUUGGCUGCAAAGUUACCUGUUGUAACCCUGGUGGGGUUGUGCUACUUCUGCCAUCCAGUCCACACGUGGUAUGAACUGCAGCUCCUGCACCAUUUAAAGAAGGUUUGAUGCCACCAACAGUUGGAAAGGAAAAUGUCCUAUGAAAUCUUCCUGACCUUAUGCAAGAACUUCACGUGGGAAACUACCAGAGUCCAACUCCAAUCUCUAUGUGUGCACGUGUGUGCAUGUGUGUGUGCAUAUGUGUACAUGCGUGUGUGUGUAUGUAAAAAUUCAAACCAUAUUUCAGUUUAUACUCCCAGCACAAACCCAUGCCAUGUAUUAUUUGCCAGGACGCUAGACCCUGAAAGGAUGAAUCACACAUCUCAGGGUCAGAUCCUCGAAUGUUUCCAUCCAUCAUAAAGGCCAAGUUUUGCCAAUAGAGAGGCAAAGAGAAAUUAGGAAAACAAGGCCCCCAUGCACACCACCAUCCUACUUCCCUGUACUCCUCCCAUCCACUUACCUGUGUAACUUUUUUAACUCAUCUUUGAGGACUCAAGUAUUUUUCUCCUUCAAGAAAUUGACAGUUACGGCUCCUCCCUUCCCCUUCCCCUUCCCCUUCUCUCCUUACUCCAUCAGAAUCACCAUGGAACAGCAGCCAGUCUUUGUGCAAAAGCCACUGUGUGAAGGAACUCACAGGAAUCAGAUUCAACUUUUGUAUUUCUCACUCUUCCCUCUAUUUGGCAAGGUCUGUCUUAAAUUAGUAAACACUGCUGCGUAUUCCUGCACCACGUAUGGUAUUUACUGAAUAUUCAUUAAGUGCACUUGCUUUGUUUAUUAAUAAGCAAAACAUUAAUUUCAUAUCAUUAGAAACAGAACAUUCCUGAGCUACCUGCUUCUCAUUCACAUGUAAUACUGUGAGAAAAAGACUAAGUAGUCACAUCAAGAAAUGCAGCAGUGUGUUGGGCACAGUGAUGUAUCUACGUGUAUAUAUAAUCCCAGCGCUCUGGAGGCUGAGGCAGGAGAAUUGAAAUG